AUGAGUUUAUUUUUUGAAGAAUAGUUAUUAAGUCACAAUAAAGAUAUUGAAACUUCUAUGAAAAUACUUUUAUAACUUGAAUAAUACACUGAAUAAGAAAAUAUUAUGUUAAUUGCAAAAUUAUUAAUAACAUAAUCACAAUUAAUUAAAGAACAAUAAGCUGCUCUUUGUGAAAUGGAAACUCUCUGCAAGGAUUUACAAGAACAAAUAGAUAGUCUUUGCAAUCACAAAUAGUAAUUAAUACUUGAAAAUCACAAAUAUAGUACAUAAAUAUAUGAAUUAUAAAACAAUUAUAAUUCUAUAAAAAAGGAGCUUGAUUCUGAAAAAUAUCACAGUCAGCAUCUUUCAUAACUAGAAUCACAUAUUAAAACAUUAUUAUAAGAACUAGAUUCCUUAAACUCUUAUAAUGCUUAGCUAAUUUCUGAGAAUAAAAGACUUAAUGAAAAUAAUUAGUAACUAUUAUAAAUUAUUGAUGAUCAUGAAACAUUAAUUUCAAAAAUAAACAAUGAUUAGAAAUAAUUAGAUUAUUUUAAAUAAGAAGUUUAAAAUCAAAUCCUAAUAAACACUAAAAUAACCUAACAACAUGAUAUAUUGGUAGAAUAAAUGAAAUAAAAAAUUGCAGAAUAUGAACUUAAAUUGGAUUUUUUUUAAUAACAAUAACAAAGUACUCUUUAAAGCAGAAUGUCCUUCUCUUUAGUUGAUGAUUUAGUUAAUUAAGAGGAUAUCUAUUAAAAAGUUAAUGAAACCAUUUAAUCUGAGUUUUAAAGCAUCAUCUAAAAUACAGAUAAUAAUGAAACUAAUAAUACUGAAUAAGUUGAUGAAUUUACUUAUUUCUAAAAAGAAUAUUGUGGACUUAAAGAUAAUCGAUAUAUAAAAGAAAUUAUCAAAAAAGAUAGAGAAUCAUUGAAAAAAGAAUACAUUUAUUGUUUUAGUGAUCAUAUUUUCAGGAUAAAUAUAAGAGGAGAAAAAUCUAAAAGGAUUAUGUUUAUUACAGAAAGUACUUGUUAUUUUUUUGAAGAACAUAAUUAAAAUAUUAAAAUUACUAGAUAAUUUCCAAUCUCUAAAGUUUAGUAAAUAAUAUGUUGCGAGUUUAAUCCAAUUCUUUGUUGCUUAAAAAUAAAAGGGUAAAAUGACGAUUAUUUGAUUGAAACCUUUAAAUUAAAGGAUUUUAUAGAUUUUUUAAAUGAAACUUUAAAUAGUUAAAUUUAGAUAUCAUACUAAAAAAAUUUUUCAAUCUAGUUUAAAAAUUACCCAAACCCUAAAAAUUUAACUGAAAUUGGUAAUGGAAUAUAUGAUGGAAGCGGAAAAUAAGCGGCUUUCAAGGUAUCACAAAAGUAAGGUUUCCUUUAAAUGUAAUAGAAAACACUCUUUGGAUUUUAGGAUUGGGUUGAAGUCUUUGCUUUAAUGACAGAUGUGGGAUUAUUAUUAUUUAAACAAGCUGGGGAUAUGCAUCCAAUUCUUUUUGUUCCAUGUGCAGAUGCAAUAAUAAUAAAAAAUCCAUUGAAAUGUAAGCCAAACUGUCUUAAAAUAAAAUAUCGGGAUUGUGAAUACGUUUUUAAUGUAACUUCAUAAGCACUUCUGGAGGAAUGGUUUCAAGAAUUAAAUAGAUAAGUAGUAAGUUAACAUAAAUUGCAACUAUCUUAAUCAUUAAGGAAUCUUUGA